CACAGAUAGACCAUACACACACAUGACACUGCCACCGCCACAUCUGCCUCAUGAUGCCAACCUGAAGGAUCUUUAGCCAAAGACACAAACUCAUCAUGGAAGACCAUUCAUCCACCCACACCUUCCCCAACCUCCACCACCAUCCCCACCGCCCAUCUCUCCACCGCAGCGUGUCCAGCCUCCAAAGCCCGGAAGUGGGAUACCCGUCCUCCCAGCCUCCCCUGGAUAUCCUGGAGCAGUAUGGAGGCCGAGGGGAACAAUGCACAACGCCAUUCCCAACAUCAAGCACAUCCUCAGUGGGAAGGAGGGAGAGUGGUGGGGGUGGUAGAGGCGGUCUGGAUGGAGAUGGUAGCUUAGGAGGCCAUCUUGGUGGAGAAAGCGGGUCAGGGGGUCAUUUUGCUAACACAUGGUACAGUACUAAUAUAAAGGAAGAGGUGUGGGAUGACGGCGAGAGUUGUGAAAGCACAGCGGAUGAUGUUUAUGGUAAAGGCAAUGGCUACGGUAACACACAUGAUGUGUUUUACACCAGGAACUGUGGUCGUGAGGAUGGAAGGGACGGUGUUAGCAGUUUUGCUGUAGGCGGCUGCAAUGCUAGAGUUCAAGAAAAUCACAAUGCCUAUGUGCAGCCUAACUGUGAAGCCAAAAAUGAUACAGUUUACUAUAGGGAGGCUAAUAUCAGCCACUUAAACAAACAAAAUGCUGUCUACAGUCAAGGUGCUGCAGUUAGCUUUAGUGACAGCAGUGUGGAUGACUGUAGGACAGAUGGUUAUUCUGCAGUGAGUGAUAGCUACCUGGCCGGGGAAGAGGAUUUUGGAUCCAGCAGGAGCUCAGGCGAGGAAAUGCUUCCACCAGCAGAGUUGGAGACUGGGACGUGGGCGAGCCUGUCUCCCACCGGCCAGAGCACAGACCCUCGGGAGGCCAGGUGCAGGGGCGGGGCGGACUCCCACGCUUUUGCCACCGGGUGCCACCUGCAGAGAUCACCUGCAGGCGUCAACAGCGGGACAUACACUCAGAAACUGGACUCGUUCUCCGAGGCUUUUUUCUCCCAUCGGAAGAGGGGAUUCCACGCGAUUCCAGGUGGGGAUUCCCUUGGACGAAAAUGGGACAUUGAGGCUGGAAAAAGAGAAAGCCCUGGAUCAGUCAAGUCAAGGCGCAGCUGUGCUUUCGAUUCGAUGUCAGACUCCUACCUCCCUCCCUCCUCAUCUCCGCCCACUCAUCCCUCUCUCCACCCUCUCCUCUCUCCUCCCCCUCCAUCACACCUCAUGUCCUCAGUUCUCAGUCCUCCGCCCACACCUCUGCCCCCGCCCUCCCUCUCUCCCACCAAAAUGGAGUCCUCUGGUGCAUUCGGGGGAAAUGGACAUUCUGCUUUGAAGGGGGGAGAAUCACUUGACGCGCUCCAGUUUUUCCCCUCUCGUCUCCAGUCUCUGCCCUCCGUCCACCCCCCUGGGAUGUUAUGGAAGUUUCCGCUGCUGUCCCACUGCUUUCCGCAGGCGUCAGCCGACUCCAGCAGCAGACCCUCCCAUUGUAGCGAAUAUAACAACAUCACAGCCCAACAUAACAUCCUUCAGACUGCAGAGUCAUCGUUCCUCACCUCCUCAUCCCAUCAUUCAUCCGCCCUUCCAUCCAGACCCGUCAGUCACUCCAGUAGUCCAUCUAUCCGUCCUUCCCAUCAUCCUCCCCCUCAUCCAUCUCACCUCUCCAGUCCACAUUCUGACGCAGGGGAAAAGCUAGCUCCUUAUAAGGUCUCCCAGGAAGUGAAGAAUGGACCGCUCAGCCAAUCACAUCUAAAGCAAGGAGCCCUUCCAGUCUACACUGGAACUCCCUUUCCCAGCAGCCUUCACACCAGCAGGGGUAAGAGGAGGGGCCACUACACUCCCCGACCCAUGCUCAACCCAGCCCGCAAGGGUGCAGGGCUCCACUCCUCCCUAUCAUCACUCCAUCAUAGAGAGGAAACAGAGGCAAGAAGAGAAGGGGAGGAGGAGUGUGGUGUAUCACCGUGUAUCAACGUGGGUCAGGACUUCCAGGCAGAGCUUCCUCCCUGCUUCCCAGAGUGGGGGGAGGCAGGGGCGUGGUUGCCAGAGGAGGAAUCUCCCAGGGAGCAAUUGCUAUGGAAACCAUGGGAGCAACUGGAGGAGAACUGCAACUCACAAGCCCAAGUGGAGAAGCUGUUGUCAUUGUGCAGUUCCAGCUGCCUGCCAGGAGGGGGCAGUAACAAAGAGCUGGCUCUGCACUGUCUGCACUACUGUCAAGGAGAUACAAUGGCUACACUGGAGAUGCUGCUGUUCUCACAGUGCUCACCAACAGAAGACUACCACUACUCUGGUAGUGACGUGUGGACGGACAGUGAGAGGAAUCUUUUCACUGCAAGCCUGGUGACUUACGGAAAAGACUUCUCACUCAUACAGAAAAUGGUGAGGACUAAAACAGUGUGUCAGUGCAUUGAGUUUUACUACCUGAGUAAGAAGCUGCUGGACAAGCAGAAGAAACAGACAGAGGAGGAGGAGGAGGACAGGGAUGCAGCGACGGAGCCGCAAACAAGUGUGGUGUCUGUCCCUCAGCCAAUGAACAGACAGUUUGGACUGGAAGAGGCGGUUCCUGUGACCCCAUUGGCCAGCUUCUUCCCCUGCAAGCUGUGUGGCAAAAUGUUUUAUAAGAUCAAGUCCCGUAAUGCUCACAUGAAGAUCCACCGGCAGCCUCAGGAGGACUGGAGCGACAGGCGCUUCCAGCACCAGCUCCUCACCCACCGUUUGGCCCUCAGCCUCCCCGCCAACUGCACUCCCACCCCGGGUAACAGUCUGCUCCAGCCCCAGGCUCCAAGUGCAGUCUUUCCCUCCUCUGGUGCAGCUGGAACUCCAAGCAGCAACGGCAAUCCAAUCGUCCUCAACCCUGCCUCUGUAGCCAAUACCAACUCAGGCAUCCUGGAUCACGUCGCCACGGUAACCUACAGCAACGUCAGCAACCCCAGCUCGCAUUUAAUAACCAACAUUGACACCAGUGACUCUGGGGAGAGUCAAAGAGGGCCCUCCAACAUCGUAGCUUUCCACCAAUCAUGGGGCUCGUUUGGACUCAGCCCCGACCCCGUGACCUUCUACAGCAUCCCGGAAGUGAAAGAAGCUGUAGGCCUCGCGACAGGAGGGGGGAAAGAGCCGGUUAACUGGCAGUAGCAUUUCACUGUGUAUCACUGAGACUGGUUUAUUGUAUUAUAGCAAAGGAUCAACAUACAUUUUCAGAAUGUUUUUUUUUAGAAGAGACCA